AUUAUGGAUGUUUUCCUGUUGAAAAUUUUUGUGGAGAUGUGGAGAGGGACAAAAUAUCAACUGUAAGGGAACAUCUAAAAUCGGCACCUUCCUGAACGUCAAGCUUUUGUGCAGCAGGUAGAAAUGGAUCAUCUUCUGGAACAAGUUUUGGCGGGCUUUAAUGGAACUCUUGGAGCUACGAAUCGGACAGACCCCCUGGAUAAAUUCUCAGGAACCCAGCUGCUCUUACGCUUCAAACCCCUCUUUAUUCCCCUCUACGCCUUGGUUGUUGUUGUGGCUGGUGUUGGGAACAGUUUCCUCCUAGCCUGUAUACUUGCAGACAAGAAGCUCCACAACGCCACCAACUUCUUCAUCGGCAACCUGGCAGCUUGGGAUUUGCUCAUGUGCCUGAGCUGUGUGCCACUGACCGUGUCGUAUGCCUUCGACGCACGUGGUUGGGCAUUUGGCCGUCCGCUGUGCCACCUUAUUCCCUUGUUGCAGGGCGCAACGGUCUUUGCCUCAGUUCUAUCCCUCACCGCCAUUGCCAUGGACCGUUACGUCGUGGUGGCAUACCCAGUGCGAAGGCGUAUCUCUGUGUGGGGCUGUGGCGCAGUGGCGUUGGGUGUCUGGGCGGUUUCGCUGGCCCUUGCUGCUCCUCCCUCCCUCCACACUCGCUACGUGGACCUGCGGCCCAGUGGCAUGGAGUUGGUAGUAUGCGAGGAGUUCUGGCUGGGUGCCGAACGACAGCGACUCCUGUAUUCCUGCUUCUUCUUAUUGGCAUCCUAUAUGAUCCCUCUCUUGUCCGUUAGCAUUUCCUACUGUGCCAUCAGCAUGCACCUUCGCAAACACACGCUACCCGGAGAGCCUUCGCAAAGCCAGCAGCGAUGGAGCAAGCAAAGGCACAAGACAUUUUCUUUGCUGGUUGCCUCCAUCCUCGCCUUUGCCCUCUGCUGGCUCCCUCUUCAGGUCCUGAACCUGCUUCUGGAUCUAGACUCUGACUUCAAGAUACUGGACAAGCGUUACAUCAACGUGCUGCAGGUCAGCUGCCAUCUGGUUGCCAUGAGCUCAGCCUGCUACAACCCCUUCAUCUAUGCCUCGCUGCACAGCAAGGUCCGUAUGCACCUGCGGGGAUACCUUUGUCCCUGCAGACACAGUGGGCAGGAGUUACUAUCUCACUGCACCUCUCGUAACCCUGCCAACUGCCUGACACUCAUCUCGGAGGUGGCGGUGAAGGAGAGCCAAUCACCCGAGAGCCCCAUCCCUGACAGCUGCCUCUGA